AUGAAAGACAAAGAACAAACGAAAACUCAUGUGAAUAUCCCGAUCGACGAGCAAUUCCCGUGUCCAUUUUGCAAUCUGCACCGAUGUGGAUCGAUGGGUUUUUGCUAUAUUCUGAAACACCGAUUGACUGGAAAAGAAGAAUCAGAGUAUUGUGCGAAUCGUGAUGAAAUGACAGCUCUUGUGCGGGAUCCACUUGCCGUUUGGGCAUCAAGAGACGCUUGUCAACCGGCUGUUACUGAUGAUCAGAUUGCGUUUUGUUGGUGUGCUAAUGUCUCCGAAGAAACCGAGGAGGACAAGUUGCGGUCGAUCCGAAUCUGGCGAUACCAAUCGGUGAUUGAAAGAGGGCAAAGUGCGGCCAAUGCGAAUAGUGGAACUCGAGUUUUAUCGAUUCUCACAAAAUUUCUCAUUUUCAACACCAUGUACACUAUUUUAUAC